AUGUCGUCUCAGGAGGUGGUGCAAGUUGAGGAGGAGAAGCGCAAGAACCUGAACAUUGUAUUCAUUGGACACGUUGACGCGGGGAAGUCUACAAUAAGCGGCCACCUCGUCUCAGAUUUGGGAAAGCUGGACAAGAGACAGCUCGAGAAAUUGGAGCAGCAGGCCAAGGCCCUCAACCGUGAGUCAUGGAAGUAUGCGUUCGCGAUGGACACGUCAGAGGAGGAGCGAGAAAAAGGUAAGACUGUUGAAUGCGCCAGGGAAUCAUUUCUAACCCCGAACGGCCGUAGAAUUACCAUAAUAGACGCGCCAGGCCAUAAAGGAUUUGUUCACAACAUGAUCUCCGGGGCAGCACAAGCAGACACGGCUAUUUUAGUGAUCAGCGCCCGCAAGGGGGAGUUUGAGAGUGGUUUCGAGCGGGGCGGGCAGACAUCUGAACACGCGCUGCUGGCAUAUGUUAAUGGCAUCAAGCAGAUUGUCUGCCUCAUUAACAAGAUGGACGAUAUCACGGUGGAGUACUGCAAGAAGAGAUACGACUCGAUCGUCUCCCAACUGAAGCUCUACCUCGAGAAUGUGGGGUACGCUUCCAAGAAUAUCUUCUUUCUACCCAUCUCGGGCUUCACGGGCGAGAAUCUGAUAUCAACCAAGGAGCUGAACCCCAAACUGUCUGAGUGGUACUCAGGACCAUCAUUCCUGGACCUCCUGGACGAGCUGAAGGUCCCUAAACGUGAUACAAAGUCUCCUCUCUGCGCCUGUGUCAGUGGUCACUAUAAGGAGAACAGUGCAUUCAUUGUGGUUAAGGUUGAGCAGGGGAAAAUGAGCAUUGGAGAUACCGUUCUUUGCCUCCCCGAAAAUAAGGCCUUCGACAUUUUGGACAUUGAGGGCGAACAAGAAGAGGGGAGCAAGCUUGUACAAGCCAAGGCAGGAGACAAUGUGCGUAUUAAGGUGAAGGAUGACAUAUGGGAAUUUUUGACGGAGGGAUCGGUGAUUUGCGCCCAGCCGUCUCCCGGCCAAUCACCAUCGGUAUCUGUUACAAACAGAUUUCAGGCCAAUCUGCUGAUAGUGUCCACAGCAGAGAACCUUGUCAUUACAAGCGGCUACUCUUGUGUUGCACACAUUAAUCUCCAGCAGGUGGGCUGCCAGAUUCGUGCCAUUUUGGCUGACCUUGAUCUCAAGACAGGGAAGGUGAAGCCCGAGUACAUAGUGUCCACUGAGCCUCUCAAGGUACGUAGGCCUACACACGUUCUUUCCAAGGCUAGAAUCAUUUGCGAAAUUAUAACUCAGAAGCCGGUGUGUGUCCAGAGCUACGCCGGACACGAGGCUCUGGGGCGUAUCAUUCUCCGUCAUGAGAGCGAUACUGUUGCAAUAGGGUAUAUAGUUAGCGUCAAGCCCGCUAAGUAA